GACAACAUGAAAAAGACCAUCGGCUAUAUACUGGCCGGUAGUGUCACCACAUUAUACCCGUUCAUGAUUUACGUCAUAUUCGGCUUUCCCAUCGCCAUCGGCACAAUCACUGUACUAUUGAUAGCGUUGGGCACAGAUAUGAUGCCCGCCAUAGCGCUGGCCUACGAGAAGGCCGAGUCAGACAUUAUGAAACUGCACCCCCGGAACCCCCGCACCGAUGUGUUGGUCACCCGUUCACUGCUGUUGAGGUCGUAUUUUCAAGUCGGUGUGAUUAUGUCGAGCGCCGGCUUUCUAGGUUAUUUUGUGGCGUUUAUGCACCAUGGUUGGAAACCAUGGGACUUGUGGCAGUUGAGAGUCAAAUGGGAUGAUCCCACGAUCAAUGACAUUUACGACUCGUAUGGUACUCCAUGGACUUACGAUGAGCGUCUUAAGGUGCAGACUGUGGCCCAGUCCUCGUACUUCAUAUGUAUAGUCGUGUGUCAAUGGAUGGAUGUGUUGGUGUCGAAGACACGUCGGGUGUCUAUAUUUAAACAAAAAUUUGGGUAA